CACAAGCAACUAAGAAACUCAAGCCCCGAAGAAACCCUUCACACACUCAGUUUGGAAACACUGAUUCAUUUUAAGUCAGUGUUGAUCUGAAGAUAGCUCGUGAAGUUAUUGAUUUGGCCGCAUGGUGGCGGUGUAGGCUAAGAGAAUGACUAAGAACCCUUUAGAGUCCUCAGAUUCGGCUUCGCCUAGAAACUGAAGCAAAAUACGGAAACCAUUGGCUGCUGCAGCUAAGCAUUCCGGAGAAAGGGAGUCACCUGGAACUUGUAAGAUAAAAUCCACAAUUCCACAACAAAGGCUUUCUGUUGGCUGUGGAAGGCCAAGGUUACCUCAGUGAUUAAGAGCUGAAAGGAAUUUUCCUUCCGGAAUCAGGCAUGACAACCGAGAUGCCGCAAACAAAAGACUGGUGGAAGACAAGGCAAGUGAUGAUUUUGAUUACACUGAUGCUUUUGCGGGAGGUGGCCUCAGAAUCGAUUCAGUAUGCUAUGCUGGAAGAGACAGAAAGGGGCACGUUUGUGGCCAACCUGACUAAGGACUUGGGACUAAGGGUGGGGGAACUGGCAGCUCGGGGCGCUAGAGUGGUCUUCAAGGGGAACAAACAAUAUUUGCAGCUCGACUCACAGACUCAGGAUUUGGUGCUAAAUGAAAAACUGGACCGGGAGGAGCUGUGUGGCCCCACAGAGCCUUGUGUUCUGCCUUUCCGGGUGUUACUAAAAGAUCCUUUGCAGUUUUAUCAAGCUGAACUGAGAGUUAUGGAUAUAAACGACCACAGCCCAGAAUUUCCUGCCAGAGAAGUGCACCUUAAAAUACCGGAAGCGACUGCACCAGGAAAGAUAUUCCCUUUGAAAAUGGCUCAGGACUUAGACUCUGGCAGCCACAGCAUUCAAAGCUACACUGUCAGUGACAACCAUCACUUCCACGUAGUCACUCGCAACCGCAGCGACGGCAAGAAGUUUCCAGAGCUAGUGCUGGACAGGGCAUUGGACCACGAGGAGCAGGCGCAGCUCAGACUAACGCUCACUGCAACGGAUGGCGGAUCUCCGCCCAGGUCAGGGACCAUAGAGAUUCAAAUACUAGUAUUGGAUAUGAAUGACAACGCUCCCGAAUUUGAUCAGGAAGUCUAUGAGGUGCAAGUCCCUGAGAACAACCCCAUUGGCUCACUGCUUAUUACCGUCUCAGCAAGAGAUUUAGACACUGGAUCCUUUGGGGAGGUGUCUUAUGUACUGUUUCAAGAUGAGGAUGUUAACGAGCCUUUUGAAAUCAACGCAAAGACGGGAGAAAUUCGACUGAGACGCCCUUUGGAUUUUGAAGCAUUUCAGUUUCACCACGUGGAUGUUGAGGCCACAGAUGGUGGUGGGCUAACAGGAAAAUGCUCUAUAGUCAUCCAGGUGUUGGACGUGAAUGAUAAUGCUCCAGAGGUGAUCCUAUCCUCACUCAACAGUCCCAUCCCUGAAAAUUUACCAGGCAUCAUAGUGGCAGUAUUCAGCGUUUCCGACGCAGACUCAGAAAAUAACCAGCGGGUUAUGUGUUUCAUAGAAGAUAGUCUUCCAUUUCUUCUAAGGCAUUCUGUGGAGAAUUUCUAUACACUGGAAACGGAUGGGGCUCUAGACAGAGAGAGCAGAGCCGAGUAUAACAUCACCAUCACAGCCACCGACCUGGGCACACCUAGGCUCACAACCCAGCACACCAUAACUGUACAGGUCUCAGAUAUCAAUGACAAUGCUCCCGACUUCAUCCAAACCUCAUACACUCUGUUUGUCCGCGAAAACAACAGCCCCGCCCUGCACAUAGGCACCAUCAGCGCCACAGACUCAGACUCUGGCUCCAAUGCCCACAUCACCUACUCGCUGCUGCUGCCACCUGAGAACCCACAGCUGGCCUUGGCCUCGCUCAUCUCCAUCAACGCCGACAAUGGACAGCUGUUCGCGCUCAGGGCGCUGGACUAUGAAUCCCUGCAAGCCUUCGAGUUCCGCGUGGUCGCCUCAGACCAAGGCUCGCCUGCACUCAGCAGCCAGGUUCUAGUGCGCGUGCUGGUGCUGGAUGACAACGACAAUGCACCCUUUGUGCUCUACCCGCUGCAGAACGCCUCUGCGCCCUGCACUGAGCUGCUGCCCAGGGCAGCAGAGCCUGGUUACCUGGUCACCAAGGUGGUAGCAGUGGACCGCGACUCUGGCCAGAAUGCCUGGCUAUCGUAUCAGCUGCUCAAAGCCACGGAGCCCGGGCUGUUCACGGUGUGGGCUCACAAUGGCGAGGUGCGCACCACCAGGCUGUUGAGCGAGCGAGAUGCAGCCAAGCACAAGCUGCUUCUGCUGGUCAAGGACAAUGGCGAGCCUCCGCAGUCAGCUAGCGUCACGUUGCACGUGGUCCUAGUGGAUGGCUUUUCACAGCCUUACCUUCCUCUGCCCGAGGUAGCACGUGACCCUGUGCAGGAGGAGGACAUGCUCACACUCUACCUGGUCAUUGCCUUGGCAUCUGUGUCUUCACUCUUCCUCCUGUCUGUGCUGCUGUUCGUCGGGGUAAGGCUGUGCAGGAGGGCCAGGGAAGCCUCUCUGGGUGUCUGCUCUGUGCCUGAGGGACACUUUCCUGGCCACCUGGUGGAUGUCAGUGGCACAGGAACCCUGUCCCAGAGCUACCAGUAUGAGGUGUGUCUGAGGGGAGACUCUGGGAAUGGUGAGUUCAACUUUCUAAAGGCAAUUAACCCCAACUUCCCUCCAUUAGAAUCUGAGAUAAAAAUAGAGAAUAGUCCCACUCUUCGGAAUAGUUUCCUAUUCAUCUAAAUACUGCAGUGUCACAGUAAAUUCUGUUUAAGCUUAGAAAUACCUUUUAACCUGCAUCUCAUGCUGUUGGUGUAUAUCGGCAGAGGCUUAUGGCAUUACCUUCUAUAAUAGUGCCUGGAACUGUAAUCCGGUGUCUAAUGCAAACUUGACCACUGAGUUAAAUCUCC